AUGCUAAUGUUGUUAUUGGAAUGGCGUCCUGAUUUCUCUAUGGAAAGGGAUAUGCUGCGAUCAGUUCCGAUUUGGGUGAAAUUUCCCAAACUUUCGAUCCAGAUGUGGGGUGAGAGAAGCUUGGGGAAGAUUGGGAGUGUGAUUGGCACGCCCUUGUUCACAGACGAAUUUACAGCUGCGAAGCUCAGGGUAACCUAUGCGAGAAUUUUAGUGGAAGUUGAUGUCACACAGAAGCUUCAAGAUGAAAUAAUGAUUAACUAUGAAAGGGAAGAGAGGAACCAGAAAGUGGAAUAUGAAUGGAGGCCCCAGUAUUGUGAAGCUUGCGAAAAGGUUGGACACAUUUGCAACAAGGAGAAGAAACCUAUGGUUAAAAUGUGGCAGCAAAAAUCUGGUCAGGAAAAGGGUGAAGCCAGCAAGGAGGAAAAGAAAGAGCCUGAAAUUGGACUUGACAUGCAAAAUACCCUAGUAAUUCAAGAAGAUAAUAGUAAAGAAGAUGGAAUUUGGACUGUGGUUCUGAAAGGAAGUAGAGAAACAGGCAAAAAUCAGGUACAUAGUCUCAAGCAUAUCUUUAGUAAUAAUGGUUUCAGCACCUUGGGAGUUUGGAAUGACUCAGAGGUGAUUCCCUUACGGGAUACAUGA